AUGACGCGACAGACCCGUCCGCAUAUCGAAAUGGAAGAAGCUGUUAAGAAAGGUGUCGCUUCAGUAGAUGGAAAGAAUGCUCCAUCGGGUCUGAAAGGAAAGAAGACUAGAGAAUCCGAGAUUGAUAAUCUAGCGAAAGACUUCGCUAAAUUCGCUAUCGACUUUAUGAGGAAAGAGGUGGGAGAAUGGUCAACCGGUAACUCCCUGCCCCAGGAGAGAAAUUACCAAACUCGAUUUACCAGAGAUAGAAGCAAUCGUCUUCCAGCGCAACGUUAUUUCUAUGGGGAACAAGGACAUAUCAAACCGAAUUGUCGAUUGUUUCAAGGAUAUAUGGACAAAGGUGCCUUCCGCGUGGACGCCAACGGGAUAACGUACUUUGGAAGGGCAGGAAAUGCAGAUCCUAUGAGAAUCCGGUGGCCACGGGACAGACCCGAUAAAGAAGUUAUGGAUGAUUGGCUUACUCAGGAAGAGCCUUCACGAGUUCGCGGAAUAAGGUACGAGCAAUUAACUGACAAUAUCGAAGACUCUGAAGAAGAAGUCGAGGGACGUAACCCGUACGAGUACGGGAUCGUUGCAGCAAGACGAGACGCUUAUGAAACUCACUCCGCAGAACGCAAUUCGAAGACUUCUGAGACGACGGGACGAGGAGUCGCAGGAGACAGUCGCACAAGCAAGCCGAAGAGACGCAAGAAUUGCCUAUCGCGAAGACACAAUGAGAUCUGGAAACUAUGUGCGACUCUUCCAGGAAAGCCCGCAGGGGAAUCCUUACCCAAAGUAUUUGCCAGAAAUCAGAAAGGAAACCCUGGCGAGGAUGGUCGAUAG